AUUUCUAACUAGGGUUCCCAUUUCUUCAUUUUCCUUCUCGGAGAGAGGCCCUUUCGUCGCAGUGGGUUUUCGAUUUUGAAAUACGGCGUAUUGGAGACGAUUGUCAGGCCGCAGCCAUGUACGGGCACAGAGGGUCAUUGUUUGGGAGCGGGGGGGUUUCGGACGGGUACGAGAUCGGCUCAAAGAGACCAAGAUUGAUGGAAUCAAAUCCCUACUUCGCAGUGAGCAGCAGUUCGAGCAGUUAUCAACAGUAUGGCUAUGGCAGGAGGUAUCAGCCUUCUGCCUUUCCUGUGGUUCGUUUAAGGGGUCUUCCUUUCAACUGCACAGAUGUUGACAUAUUCAAGUUCUUUGCGGGGCUGGACAUUGUGGAUGUCUUCUUGGUGAACAAGGAUGGGAGAUUCUCUGGUGAAGCAUUUGUAGUUUUUGCGGGGCAUAUGCAGGCUGAACUUGCUCUUCAGAGAGAUCGGCAGAACAUGGGAAGGAGAUAUGUGGAAGUAUUUAGGUGCAAAAAGCAGGAGUAUUAUAAUGCUAUAGCUUCUGAGGUGAGUGAAGGAGCUUAUGGUAGCAUCGAUUAUCGUGGAUCCUCACCUCCAGCUCGACGUAAGAGGUCUCCAGAUAAAGAUAAAAUGGAGUAUACAGAGAUCUUGAAGAUGCGUGGUCUCCCAUACUCUGUCAGAAAAUCUGAGAUUGUAAAAUUUUUUGGAGACUUUCAUGUGUUGGAGGACAAGAUCCAGAUUGCUUUCCGUUCUGAUGGGAAAGCUACUGGAGAGGCGUAUGUAGAGUUUCCUUCAGCUGAAGAGGCUAGGAAAGCCAUGUCCAAGGACAAGAUGCUGAUUGGAUCAAGGUAUGUGGAGCUCUUCCCCUCAACACCUGAUGAAGCCAGACAAGCUGCAUCCAGAUCACGGUAAUAGGUCAUGGUUGGUACGAGCCUGGGAAGUUUUGUUAGUAUUCUGUGUGAUGUUCGCUCAACCCCUUUUUUCUUGAAUAGAAAUCUAUAUUUGGGAUUUGUGUUCUCUGUUCUAACAGUAGAGGAUUGAGUGUAUGAAAAUUAUGAACUUGCAAUUUGUUGCUUCUAAGUGGAGCUGGUUACUGAGGGUUUUAUGUAUUGAGAUGUUGUCAAGGUAUCUCAUUUUCCCCUUUCCAGUUCUA